AUGUUCAGACGGGGACAAUGCAAGCCUAGACAAGAAGUCGGAAAUACCUUCCGUCAAUUCUCGGAGUGGUGUGAUGCCCAACGCAGCCUCGAAAAUCAGAUUUCCAGCGACAGUGAUGUCGAAAAUGAUCCGCCGUGCUCAUAUCGGGGUGGAUUAGUCUCUCACCUUCCGGGACAAAAGAAAACUGAACUUAGUGCACCAACUACGAAAGAGUCAGGUGCAACGGCUGACGAAAUGAAGGUUGAGGAAAAGGAGGAAGGAGAAUUAGACGACAAGCUGGCAUCUGAAUUCCUGAAACUCUUCGAAGACGACGGCGAUGAUAGCGACUGGGAUGACUCGAGAAGCGACGAUUGUUUUGUUAUCCAUCCCGAGAAAAACACCUGGCAGAUUGACCAUCGUUACAAGGACACUUACUUCUAUCCGCGGUGAGUGUUUUGCUUUUUUGUCCGAUUUUUUUGCCAAUAAGCAGUUGAUAAAGAUGUUGCAGGAAUACCUUCGAAGAGUUCGAUGAGCGCGUCAAACAGCACAUGGCGUCUUUGUUCGUGGACCUCAGAACUGAAUGCAACGUGAUCCGUAACAUUGUUCGUCCGAUGAUGGAUAAGUGUGGUCUCCAUGAAAUUGUCAUUCCGGACAUGACUCUCUUCGACCCAGAUACCCACAGAAGAGCCAUGAAUUUGGUGAAAAGGAUCUGCGACUGUAUGGAGAACUUCGAUCAUUGCUAUUACCCAGUGUCCUCUGAAUACUCCCUCCAUUUUGAACAACACGAAAGAGCUCUUAUUGGGAUUGGUCAUGGGAUCUAUAGAUUAUUCCAAAAGGGACACAUCAACUUUACGAACGAAGACUGUGCCAUCUGCCUGAGGGAGAAGUGCCGUCGCCCCGUGGUCUGCUUCCAAUGCCUGAGAGCAGUUGCCUGCGCCAAAUGCAUGGUCCGAUCAUUCGAUUACAGCGAAGGGAAUUGCAUCGUCAAGUGCUUGAAGUGCCAAAGAAAGUCCAUCUUCCAUUACCCAUACUUCCACUAUUGUUGA